UUGGCUCCACUCCACCACUGCAUCUCUGAGACUAAGAGUGCCCCUGGUUCGCGCCUAGGUGGCAGGUGCUCUCUCGUCUUGUGGUUCAAUUCCUUGCUUGCUAAGAUCAGAUCCUGCUCCUUCCUCUGCUUGAAGCAUCAAUCUGAUCCAGUAGUUGCCGCCGUACUUCGCGCAGAAGCACCAUCAAGUAGACAUGGAAACAACUUAGGCGAUCAGAUGCAAAUCACAUCCUGCUCGUUUAUCUACUUGAGACACAUCAAAUAUCAAACACAGAGAUCUUAGUAGUGUGCAAAAGACUCACAGCCCUCUCGCCUUGUGGUUAUUUCCUUGCUUGCGGAUCUUUUGGACUAGCUGCUGGAGUUAGCGGCACCAAUUGUGUUCUCAAAUCAACUUCGGUGAUCAGAUCAGAUCCUACUUGCUGGCAGAACCAUCAAAGAAACUCAAGAGAUCUUCUGAUCCACUGGUGCCGUACUGCACGCAGUGCCCACAAUUAGCACGCAUCACUGCCUGAGCAUGGCGACUGCCAUGAUCGGCACAGCGCUUUCGGUGGUGCGCACGGCGCUGUCUCCCUUCACAGACAGUUUGCUGGAGAUGUGGGCAGCCAGCAAGGACCUGGGCUCCAACGUUAGGGCCCUCGAGCUAGAGCUGCUGGCCGUGCAGGCGCUGCUUGAGCACACUGUCGGCAAGGAAAUUGUGGACAACUCGGCGCUGAAAAAGCUCCUGGUUAUACUUCAGGACCUUGGGUACGACGCCGAGGACGUGCUGGACGAGCUGGAAUACUUCCGUAUCCAGGACGAGCUGGAAGGCACCUUCGAUGCUGCCGAUGAGCAUGCUAAGGGUGCCACCCAUAAUCUAGCCCUUAAUGUGCGUCACACUGCAAAGGCUGUUGUUGGCAAGAUGAUUUCUUUGCCCUCAUCAUGCUUUUCUGCUACUCCUCCUGGCACCAAGGGGAAGGCACACAGCAACAGCCCCAUCUCCUCGGCACCGCACACCAACCAGGCUAACCGAGAGACCAACGGAUGGAAGGCAAAACUCACUUCCACAAAUGUUUGCUGCAACCCCAUCCGGGCUGUCGGUAAAUGCUUGCCUUACUCAUCUGUACCAUCUGUUCGUGAUGAGGAUGAUUAUGAUUCACCACAGAGAAACCAUACAAAUGAUGAACCACCAAAACUGACAUUUAAUAGGGUGGAUGCCUCCACAAGAAUGCAAUAUAUUGUAGAGCAGUUGCACCUCGUUCGUGGGAUUGUUUCAAGCACUAUUACAACACUAGGUCCCAACUGCAUCACUGUCCCAAAUAUUGCACAGAGUCGUCCUGUCACCGUCUCUAAAAGUGUAGAAACAAAAUUGUAUCGGAGGGACACUCUGAGAGAACAAAUCAUAUGUCAGAUCACAGAGGGUAAUCAUUCUGAUGAGGUCCUAACAGUCAUUCCAAUUGUUGGCCUGGGGGGCAUAGGAAAGACAACUAUUGCACAACAUAUAUAUCAUAGUGAAAAAGUGCAAAAACACUUUGAAGUUAAGGUUUGGACGUGUGUAUCACUCAACUUUAAUGUGAAUAAGGUGUUACAAGAGAUUGAAAAACAGAUCCCUAAAGAUGAGGAGGGUGAGAGUGGUACCACAGGAGAGUUGAUUGGUAAAAAGAUUAAAAAAUAAAAGGGUUUUGGUUGUAUUGGAUGAUAUUUGGGACUGUAGCAAUGAGGAUGAAUGGGAACGGCUACUAGCGCCAUUCAAAAUGUCACAAGUACUGGGUAAUAUAAUUGUAGUCACAACUCGAUUUCCAGCACAAGCAGACAUGGUUUCGACGGUUGGUCCUCCAAUUAAUUUGGAAGCUUUAGACCAUGAAACAUUAAAGGACUUAUUCCUAGAUUUUGUCUUUGGUGUUGAUCAAUCUAGAGAGAACAAGACACCCUUCAUUGAAACUGGGGAUAAGAUAGUUAGCAAACUAAAGGGCUCACCUCUUGCAGCUAAAACAGUUGGUAGAAUAUUGAGAAACCAACUUGACUUGGCUCACUGGAAUAAAGUACUAGAGAGUAAGGAAUGGGAGCAAAAAGAUGGCACUAAUUAUGCCUGCACUAAAGUUGAGCUAUGAUUACCUACCUUCUCAACUACAACACUGUUUUUCCUAUUGUGCUUUGUUCCCUCAAGAUUACAAAUUUGAAGAAGUAGAGCUAAUUAACUUUUGGAUAGGACUCAAUGUUUUGCACUCAUCACAUGGUGACAGUAAAAGGGUUGAAGAUAUAGGUGAAAGCAAUUUGAGAGAACUAGUUAAUCAUGGAUUUCUCGAAAAGGAAGGGGAAAAGGAUGGAAAGUCUUGUUACAUCAUUCAUGAUCUCUUACAUGAUUUAGCGCGGAAAGUUUCAUCACAUGAAUGCCUUAACAUAUAUAGUUCACAAUCUCAAGUAAGGUCCUUACAAGUACAGCCAUCAAUCCGCCACUUGUCCAUCAACAUUGAAGACACUAGUGUCAAGGACAGAUUCAUUCUAAAAAGUUGUGUGGAGGAUUUCAAUGCAUUAUUUACAAGAUUAAAAGUUGAAAAACUACGGACUUUAAUGUUAUUUGGGGAACACCAUGGUUGCUUUGUGAAGGCUUUUGGUGGUUUACUCAGGGUAGCAAAGGCUCUUCGUGUUAUUUUUAUAUCGGAAGCAUCCUAUAACAUGGAAGACUUGUUGCACGAUUUUGACUAUCUUGUGCAUCUCCGCUACCUUCGGAUUGGAGGUUCUUCCCCAGACAAAACAAGAUUUCCCAACAAACUUUCUAGAUUCAAUCAUAUGAUAAUCUUGGAUGCAAAACAUUAUUAUGCUUUCAUUGAUGAUCUACCAAGGGAUUUGAGAAACCUUUUAAGACUACGUCAUAUUCUUGUUCGAGAUGAUGCAAUGCACUCUAGAAUUGUUGAGGUUGGAAAAUUAAAAUCACUACAAGAGUUAAAGAUUUGUCAUCAAACAUGAAGAUAAAGGUUUUGAAAUAAGGGAGUUAGGGAAUUUAGUAGAUCUUUGUGGGUCAUUGAGCAUUGAUAGCCUGGAAAAGGUUCAAGUGAACAAAGAAGCAGAUGAAGCAAAACUGUUGCAAAGUGGUGCAGCAGCAGGGCGCAAGAGCAGAGGAUGACGUAAUAGUCGCAUCAGAAGAAGCAGAACGUGGCCUGUUGCUUUUGCCUCCCCAACUCCUGGAGCUGCGGAUCUGGUUCUGCCUAGAGCUGAGCCUCCUCCGCUCCAAUCCACAUGAUGACAGCAACCAAGAAGGAGGAGGGCUCCAAGGUCUAACCUCCCUGCGAGUGUUGGAAAUCGACAAUUGUCCAAAGCUCCUGUUAGCCUACUCGUCUUCAUCCUUCUCUUAUUCUUUCCCCUUUCCCAACUCCCUGGAACACCUUGAGAUUGACAGAGCAGUGGACACAGGGGCACCAGUGCCUCUAUCAAAACUCACCUCUCUCACAAGUUUAUCCAUAUGGAACUGUGGGGAUUUAAGAGGCGAGGGAUUGUUGUCUUGUCUCUCCUCACCCAAGGCCAUCUCACCAAUUUAUCUGUCAGUAAAACGCCCAAUUUCUUUGUUGAUUCAGAGCCCUCACAGGUGCAUGAACAAGAGAUUCCAUCCUGUUCCUCCAAACCGAAGGAGCUCAAAAUAGAUGAUGUGGCUGGAUUCACUCCUGCGCUCACUCGUCAUAGGCUGCUCUUUUCCUCGCUCACCAAAUUGGUAAUUAAAUGGGAUGAUAAGGUGAAGAGCAUUACCGAGGAGCAAGAGGCCCUUCUGUUUGUCGACUCCCUCGAGGAUGUCACAUUUUUUGGCUGCAGCAACCUGCAGUCUCUUCCUAAACGGCUACAUGGACUUCCCAACCUCAAGAGGUUAGAGAUCUCGCAUUGCAAUGCAAUCCAGAUGCUGCCCAAGGAUGUCCUCCCAAGUUCACUGGAAGAGUUGGCUAUCAGCAGCUGUCCAAAAAUCUGGUCACUACCCAAGGAUUGCCUCCCACAUUCACUGCAAAAAUUACAUAUCCAUAGCUGCCCAGCCAUCCGGUCCCUACCCAAGGCGGAUGACCUUCCAAGUUCGCUGCGAGAAAUAAAUGUCCAUCUCAGCUACAGUGAGGAGCUAAGGAGUCAGUGCCGCAAGUUGAUAAAUAUCAUCCCAAUAGUCAGAGCCUGAAAAACACAAGGGCAUUUCUUCAUUUUGUGUUUUAUUCUGUCCUCUGUAUUCUCUCUCUCUCUAUCUAUUCACGGUUUUGAAUUCUAAAGCAUGAAUCUCUGCACGUGCCUUCCACCCUGUACAUCAAACUGGUGAAUAUGUUUAAUAUACUCCUGCCUUGCUGUUCUGAAUCUCAGAUGAUUUACUGAAAUAUGGAUCCUGUUCAUUGGUCUGCACUCUUACGAGAGCCAGUUCAGCAAUAAAUGGUUCAGUCUUCCCAUGUUUCUUGGAUAUGAGAAAAUAUGAUUGCUCUACUUCUAGUCUUCUAGACAAGCGAAAUAGCAAAAGACAGUGCCAGUCUCAUCAAAUAAAGCACAAGAUAAUAUGUCAGUUAUUAAAUCAUGCUAGACUACAAAUUAUUUGCCUUGCUCACAUCUCAAUGACCAUUGAAGCCUCAGAGGUGAGCAGUCAAAAAAAUAAUUAGUUAUAUUUAGUUUUGGACAAUGAAUUUCCAAAUAGCAGAGACAAUUCUGAAACCAUAAUAAUUUUCUCAUGUAUCAGACAGAAAUUGUAAAACAAUUGAUGGAAAAUGACAAACUAAACACCAGUGAAACUUUGUACAUGUAAAAAAAUAGUAUGAUGCUAUUUUAUUAUGAAAGUAUAUGCUUAAAUAUUGCUGAAUGAAUAGAAAUGUUUAAGGCGUACAAGCUUAGCUCCUGCAACAUGUUAAGGUGUUCAUUUUUUUUUGCGAUCAUGCCGUAGGGGCAUUUUUUAUUAAGCAGAAUAGAGUUUGCAACAACAACAGCAGCAACACAGACACCCACAGUCACAAUCACAAGCACCCCAGCCAAACAC